AUGCCGACCCAUGAGACUAAAAUCCUGCUCAUGUCGGUUGCAUUGAGAUUAGACCAUGCAAAGCAGAUUGGGGGUCUAAGUUCUGUCUGGCCUGUUGGGGUCUUUCCGAGUUCUGACUACCCCGUUGGGAUCUUUCCCCGCGUGUGGUACCCCGGCUCAACCUAUCCCAGUUCAGGAUACCCAAAGCUGGCUGGAAGAAUCUUAGAUCUUUGCACACCAUUACUGACAGAAAAAGAGCAAGAAGAUCUCAGGUCGCUCUCCCAAGGGAAAACUGUCAUGUUUAGCGAUUCUGACGCGAACCCCGUGAAGGAAGAAGUCAAUAAUCCUACUCUAAAACUGCACGUCUCACGAUGGCCGCAGAAGACCGCGCACUAUAUAAACACCGUGCUUUCGUCAGCUUCCACACUUUCAACAAUGUUACUCUUCAAGCACACGGUUAUCCUCUGCCUCCUGGGUGUGGUGCACUGCCACGGACCGGUCAGCUUCGUUCGGGAGCCCUCGCCGAUGGCCAUGGUCCCGCGGUCCCUGAAGAUCGAGGAUAUCGAGAGAUUCGGCGCAAUGGCCAACGAGGCGGCGAGUGUCAUCGAGAAGCUGACCGGUAUGCUCCACCUGAUUGCCGACCCCUCCGAAGUCCCUGAGCUACGGGAAGGUCUCCUGGGAGAGAAAAUUCGAGCUUCUAUAGAAACCGGAAAAGCUUUCGUGAGACUGAUCGAGACAAUCAAUGCGGCGCUGGAGCCUUAUGUUACCGAAGAGAGGAGGUAGACGGAGUGGGCAGUUCAGCAGUGGCCCGGCAGAUGGCUCUUAUGAGAUCAAGGAUGUCUACUUUGCUUCCUAGACAAUUCUAUCAAUUUGGCCAUGUAAUAAAGCAGAAUAUUAAA